AUGCGCUCUUUAUGGUCAGUCUAUCGCUCAGCAGGUCCACUCGCACUUCUCAAUCUCUACCCGAUUCAGCACCGAGACACGCCUCAUAACAACCCCAACAUACCCUUCGCAUUCACACCCGACAACAUGAAGCGCGCGCAAGAAAUCAUCUCUCGGUAUCCCCCGCAAUACAAGAAAGCUGCUGUCAUUCCGCUUCUAGACUUAGGUCAACGCCAGAACAAAGGUUGGACCAGUAUAAGUGUUAUGAAUUAUGUGGCAAAAAUGCUCGAGAUGCCUCCUAUGCGGGUGUACGAGGUUGCGACUUUCUAUACAAUGUUUAACAGAGAGGCUAUUGGCGAGAAUCUCGUGCAAGUCUGUACAACAACACCGUGUAUGUUACGCGGUUCUCAAGAGAUUUUGGACACGAUUUGCAACCAGUUGGGGGGUAUCAAGCCGGGAGAGACGACAAAGGAUGGGAAAUUUACAGUCAUCGAGGUAGAAUGUCAGGGUGCUUGUAGCAAUGCUCCGAUGCUGGUUGUUGGGGACGAUUUCUAUGAGGACCUUACGCCGGAGACAACUAAAACCAUUGUUGAAGCAUUUGCAGCAGGUAACAAGCCCAAAGCCGGUCCUCAGAGCGGGCGUUAUACAAGUGAAAACUCUGCGGGUCUCACAGCUCUCACAACCCCUCCUUAUGGUCCCGGAGACUUCUGCUCACCGGAAUUCCGAUGA